AUGGAUGAGAAGAAAGAGUUUGUGGGAUUUUUUGGCGAAGAAUAUUAUGAUAGCUAUGAUUUUGAAUGGUUCAAUGAUAAUGAAAAAGAAAAAAAGAAAAUGACAGAAGCAGAAUUUAUAGAGCAAAAAAAUGCAUGGAGACCAAAGAUUGAAGAUAAGCAUACUUUUUCGAAAAUUUCUAUUCCUAUUCCUCGACCAGCAAAUAAGUUUUCUUUAGCUGAAUUGAAAUCUGCUGCUGAAGAACAAUAUUAUUUAAGAAAUUAUCAGUUAUCGCUUAAUUAUGUUAAUGAUCUUUUGAAACCUAAAAAUUCUAAUUUUCCAACUGAUUGUAAUCUUCAUGGAGCAGAAAAAAAAGAAAUGGAAUAUUUAAGAGAUAUGUGUCUUAAAAGGUUAUCAUUGGCUUAA